GUGUUUUAGACAAAAUCGUCUCAUUAAUCAGAGAGAUUCAAUAAGAUAAAUAAACAGCUCAACAGAUAAAAACAAUCAAAUAAAUAAAACAGUUAACAUAUCGAGACAAAAGCAUCAAACCAAAAUUCGUCUUUUUAUUUAUAAAGAGAAUUUGCAAUUUAACUCUAAAUGAAAUGGAAAAUCAAUCUGGCUGUGAGCCGAACCAUAGUAACCAUUGCGACAUCUCUUCUGACAUACCAAUUCAUACCAACUCUCACAAAACGACGCAAGACGUCUAAAACCGUGCGCACCAUUACUUAAAAUGAGCAACAGUAUGUCACGCCAUAACUUAAAAAUGUCAACAAUUUGACUAACAUCUUAACUGACAGUUUUCAGUGGUUUCUAUGGAACAGUAACAGAUUUCGCUGCAAUUUGCAAUACUUCCGAAAAGAUGACAAACGUGAACAAGUAAAUCUCUUCACGUUAUAUCAAACGUUCUUUUCACAUUUCCAGAGACGCAGAAUGAAACAUUGUGGAAUAAAAUAUUAGUUUUGAGCCGUUUAGAAAAUGAAAUCCGCUUGUUUGCGCCGUUACUGAAGCCUUAAAGCGCAACCAUGUCAAAAUUUUGCCAUGUAAAAAGUAACGCUGUAUGCCUACCUACUUAAUACACUUAAAAUGUAGAUAUACCAACAGCUAAAAAGACACCAAAAACAACGUGCAAAAAGAUAUAUUUGCAUUCAAAAAAUCUGAUAAACAACGGUUUUUUCUUCACUAAAUACGACGCGCAGUCAGCGAAACGAAAAAUCAGUUUUUCUCUAGCUAGCAUUAAAAAAAACAGUUUAAUAAUUGAAACUGGUUUGGAAGCAAGAAACGAUUAUUACUGUUCGAUAAUUAUUCCGCUCAAAUUUGGAAUGGCAAAACCGAUUACUUCAAUCUUGUCAAUUCUUACCAAAACGAGUCAGCACCUUCGUCUAGAUUAAUAUAAUUGGUUCAAUCAUUCUAAUCCCGGAUUUAUUAAUGCGAGAUCAGAUAUUUCAUAGAGUUACUGACGGCUGUCUGCCAAGUAGAGCCCUUUCAAGGCAAUGAUUGGUGCCGUCUUUCAUUCAUUAAAUUACCUUACAAUUCAGAGGCUCGUAAUUGAAACUUGCUUGCGCACGAUUUAACUUCUUUUAUAUCAUUUCUUACUUAUACACCAAACAAUCAUAAUUUUACUAAGUGAGAAAAGUUCAUACCUCAUUCAUAGAUCUUCAGUUUUCACUUAUUUGAACAGUCAGUUUGCUUUACGAUCGGUUAUACUUGCAACUGAUGCAAAAUUAAUGUUGAAUAAUUUAAUUGGCCAACUAAGUAAACACACCUAUGGCAAACGAUACUAAUACCAAAACAUCAGAUUCCUUAGUGGACAGAAAGAGUUCAUGUCACAACGCAAUGUGGAAAAACAAUCAUCAGAAAUCGAGAUCCGACAUCGCAGAUCAAUUCAAACAAGCUGCAAGACGGAGAUCUUCAAUUGAAGCCAGUGAAUACAAUUUCAGUAGACGCACUUCGCUUUACAACAAUGGAAUUUCAGGCAGUCGAAAAAGUGCUGCCAGUAAUCAUUCAACUAAGUCCUCGAGCUCCGAAGCAGGGAAAAACUCUUCUGCAGCCAAUGGGUUGUUUCUCCACGGUAGACGAAACUCAAUUUUGCAACAGGAGUUGUCGCAGUUUGAACUCGAAAUCCGAGAUGUUUUACCUGAAAGUGUCGAAGAAAUUGACGAAGCUGAAUUGGAAUGCGAGUACGAGGAACAUGGCGUGGAGAAACCCGGAGCAUCGCCAGAAGCAUCGCCUUACAAGGUCGGCAGAGCACAGUUCUACUCUUGUCAGAGACAAUCGACUCUCGUCAAAUCAGAUCACCAUGAGUUCCUUGUGGGGAAAAGUGAUAAAAACUUCGAGUCGCAUGGAACACAGCAACAGAGAAAAGGAUCAUUGAGAAGAGGAAGUUUGAGUUUGGGAAUCAAUGGCAGCACAAUUGGUAAAUGGGUCAAGUCAGGAGUCUUCAGAAGUUCGCACGAUGAGGAUGAUGAGAAAUACUACUUAGUAAAAAGUGGUACCCUUGAACAGGUAGUUGAACAAUGCCUGGCACCUCAUCGCAAACUAGACGACCCAUUUUUUAAAGAUAUCCUUUUAGAGCAAUACUCGUUAUUCACUGAUAAACUAACGCUUUCGAAUCAACUUCUAUCGUCCGCUAAACGUCUUUUAUCGACUAGUACAAAAUCAAACUCAUCUUGGAAAAAAUCUCCCUCAGAUUUAGAAGAGCAAGUAAAAGAAAACGCUAAAGCUAUGAUUCUGAAAUGGAAGGAAAGCUUUUCCAAAGACUUCCAGGACUCCCAAGGUCUAGAAGUGCUUUCGACUCUUAUCACGCUGAGUGCACUUAUAAAUUCGGUACACCUGAAGCAUUCCUUAGAACGCCAGAAACGAUUAUUAGACGUUAAAGUCAAAUGUUUCAUUGACCCUCUAGAAACAAACCCCGAAACUAGCGGAAUCAAGACAGCAACCCAGGCGUCAGAUUCAACACCAACCCAGGCGUCAGAUUCAACACCAACCCAGAGAAGCUUCUCGGCCGGAAACGAUGCACACGUAAGGACUGUUUUACCCAGCAAACUGCAGUUGAAUUUCAUCCAACAGACUCCGGUUCUCAACUCGGCUCAUGAUUUCGAUACUUGUCCCAAAAGCAGUCGAAAUCGAUUGAAUUUCGACCAAGGCCAAGAUCCUAGGCAAGUGCAGAGUCUGGCUAACAGAACCAAAAAGCGCCCUCCUUUAAGAAGCCUGUCCAACUCUUCAGAGCUUCGAAACAUAGGCUCAAGCAACAGCAUGGGUUCCAGAAGCUACUACAACAUCACACCUGAAUCCCAACGCAAAUCAUUUUGUCCUUUUUCUCCAGAAGAAGUCGCGAAACAACUGACAUUCAAAUAUUCCAAUUAUUUAUUAGAAAUGCAACCUUUUGAAAUAGUGCAAUACGCCCAGGGAGAGCUAAACGCAGACUCUCCUCUGAUGAAAAUUAUACUCCUGAACAAAGAAAUAGCGGAAAAGAUUCCGUCUUCGAUUCUCUCUGAUAGACACCUCAAGUCAACUAAAAUUGCACAGAGAAUUGAAUUUUGGCUGAAAGUAGCAGAGGAGCUGAAAGAACUGCGAAACUACGAGUGUCUUCAGAUAGUCGUGCACUCUCUGAACUCGCCAAUGUACGACAGCAACAGACUACCCGAAGUGUGGAGUUAUGUAGAGAAAUACUUACUAUCACAGUUCGAACGACUCAAGGAAACAGUUUCAAUAGAAGACAACUACCAGAUUUUGAGAGAACUUCAAAAGAAAGAAGAAACAGAAGACGAAGGGCCUCAAACAAAGCCAAACGACCAGCGUAGAUACUCCAAUUCAUUCAAGAAAGUAUUGGCUCGAACUCUCAGCGGAAAACGACGCGAGAGUCGAGACUACAUCGAAAAACACGGCUUCAUUCCCUGCAUGAAUGUUAUCAAAAAAGAUAUUUUGGGAAUCUUAGCUGCUCACAAAAUGGAUAAAGAUGUCGACGGCGUUAUCCAAUUUGCAAUGCAUAGAAAAAUUCACCAACAGCUGCAACAAAUCCGAUUGGCCCAAAGAUUGCUGAAAAGGUCUCUGCAAUUGCAACAUAGCGAGUACAUCUGGAACUGGUUUUUAGAUCUUUUCAUUUUGGAAAAGGGCGAACGCGAUUCAAAUAGUGCAUUUUUAAGCCGCCGAUAGAAUUCAAACAACAGUUUUGUAAGUGGUGCUAAUUUAUCAAUCAUAGUUUCUCCCAUAAAAUAAUUUAAUUUCUGCGAAUAAAAGGAAACCGUUUUUC